AGCGCCUGCUCAGGAAUACGGGGCCUCAUUGUGCUGAGCAGCAACACCAGCUACUACCUGAGACCCCUGGGGACCCCUGAGCCAGCCCUGCACCUCAUCCACCGGGCAGAGCACCUGCCCAUGCCAGGGGGCACCUGUGGGCACGGCCACGACCUCGGGAGCACCAUGGCUGGCAUUGCCCAGCUCUUCCAGCCACAGCACCCACGGGCCAGGAGAGAUGCCUGGAGGACCAUGAAGUACAUGGAGCUCUUCAUCGUUGCUGAUCAUACCCUGUACAGGAACCAGAACCUCAACCUGGGCCACACCAAGCAGCGCAUCGUGGAGAUCGCCAACUACGUGGACAAGUUUUACAGGCUGCUCAACAUCAAGGUGGCCCUGAUCGGGCUGGAGGUGUGGACGGAGCGGGACCAGUGCGCGGUGAGCAGCGACGCCAACGCCACGCUCUGGGCCUUCCUGCAGUGGAAGAAGUCGCUGAGGGCGCGCAAGAGACACGACAACGCCCAGCUGCUGACAGGGAAGACCUUCGGGGGCACCACCAUCGGCAUGGCUCCGCUGGAGGGGAUGUGCAGCGCCGAUAACUCCGGAGGGGUCAGCGUGGACCACGCGGAGCAGCCCAUCGGCGCCGCCGCCACCAUGGCCCACGAGAUCGGCCACAACUUCGGCAUGGUCCACGACACCAAGGGCUGCUGUGUGGAGGCCACCCCGGAGCAGGGAGGCUGCGUGAUGGCAGCAGCCACGGGGGGGCUGGGGCGGCGCUGGGGAAGGGAUGGAACCAUUGCCCACGGAGUCCUCCUCUCCACGCAGGAAUGCACCAACCCCUGCUGCAACGCUCACAACUGCACGCUGAAGCAGGGAGCGCAGUGUGCCCACGGGGACUGCUGCCACAGCUGCAGGCUGAAGGUGGCGGGGACGAUGUGCCGGGAAGCCGCGGGAUCCUGUGACCUGCCGGAGUUCUGCACCGGAGCGUCUCCGUACUGCCCAGCCAACGUGUACCUGCUGGACGGCUCGUCCUGUGCACACGGGGAGGCCUACUGCACCAACGGCAUGUGCAUGAGCCACCAGCAGCAGUGCCUGCAGCUCUGGGGACCAGGAGCGUGGCCAGCACCAGAUGCCUGUUUCCAGGACGUGAACAUGGCCGGGAACACCUACGGCAACUGCGGCAAGGACAGCCAGGGCCGCUACGUCAAGUGUGACAAGAGGGAUGCCAUGUGUGGGAAGAUCCAGUGCCAGAGCUCUGCCAAGAAGCCUCAGGGGACCAACACGGUGUCCAUCGACACCACGAUCCGCUUCAAGGGCCGGGAGGUCAAGUGCCGCGGCACCUUCGUCUACAGCGCCAGGGACGACCAGGAGGACCUGUCCGACCCCGGGCUGGUCCUGACGGGCACCAAGUGUGGAGAGGGGAUGGUGUGCAAGGACCGGCGGUGCCAGAACGCGUCGCUCUUGGAGCUGGAGGAGUGCGUGUCCCGCUGCCACGGCCACGGGGUCUGCAACAGCAACAAGAACUGUCACUGUGACCCCGGCUGGGCCCCCCCGUUCUGCGAGAAGCCGGGCCUGGGUGGCAGCGUGGACAGCGGUCCUGUGCAGAGCCACAGUGAGUCCCAGCUUGUCCCCAGGGCCCUGGGCUGCUCCUGUCCUGUCUGCAGGGGUGCCAGGGGAGGGCUGUUCCUGUCUGCAGUGGUGCCAGGGGAGGGCUGCUCCUGUCCUGUCCUGCAGUGGUGCCAGGGGAGGGCUGCUCCUGUCUGCAGUGGGCUGGGGGGCUCUNGAGACCCCAAACCCGCCAGGCCCCCUCCCCCGGCCAGCAAAUCCCCCCUGGUGCCCAGCAGAGCCGGCAUGGCCCAGGCCAAGCUCCCGCCUCCGAGGAAACCUCUUCCCUGCAGCCCCGUGAGGACCCCGCAGGUGGUCCCAAAGCACCAAGCCCCGCGCCGGCCGCUGCCGGGGAGUCCCCUCCUGGCCAAGGAGCUGCCUCCUGCACAUGGACAGACCCUGCUGGUCAUGGUCCCUCCUACCAACUUCAAGGUGUCGGGGACGAGCGGCUCGAGCCACCCCACCAGGCCCCAGAAACCGACACCACCUCAAAGGCCUGUCCCAGCCAUCAAAGUCCAAUCCACCUCCUUCUCCUCAAAGAAGUGACAACCCCAGGACACCUGACCCACCCUUCCUGAGCUGGCUCUCCUCAUUUGCACUGCUGUGGCCACAGGGCUCUCCUGUUCCUCUUGUUUUAGUAACCCUUUUGAUACCAGAGGACUAUUUUUGUAAGACAAAAUUUGUAUUCAGCACACAAACUGUAGUGGUGGGGGUGGACAGGGGACAUUGGUACCACGGCUGGGCCAGGCGUUGGCUGGAGGUGAGGUUUCCAUGACGGAGAUCCCACCACAGCUCUUGGCACUGCUUCCUGGCCAAUUUCCCUCCCAGCUUUAGUUCCUUUUGACAUUGCACACGGGCUGGGAUGGAAGUGAACAUCCCCACCCAUGGAAGAUGCUGGUGACAGUGUGAUGUCCUUGUCGCUACCUCCUCCUUCUCCUCCAGGCCGUGAGCCCUCAGCCACUGCAGCUCCACGCUGGCCAUCGUCUGGGACACGUUUGCCAUGACAGAAGCGUGGUGCCCAGUUUGGACUGG